AUGGGGCAUGCUGUUUUUGUGAAUCGUUUGCGCGUGUCAGUGCGACUUUCUCAGGUGCACACGGUGGGACGUCCAAGGGAAGCUGGCUGGGAAAGUCUGGCAGCCGCGGAGUAUACGCGCCGGCUGGAGCGUGGUCGGCCGCCAAUCUUGGCUCGCACCACCUUCUAUUCAAGCAGCGAUGCGCUGAUGCGAGGACUGCAGGGGCUGACGGGCUCCCUGUUUGUAUUGGAUCCCUCGGGUGAAGCCAUGGAAAGCGACACCUUUGCCAAGUUGAUUCUUGGAGCUCUGCAGGAGACUGCCCGUGUCUCCUUUGCUAUUGGUGGCGCGGACGGUCUGCCGGAACCCCUGCGCCCGGGUUGCCGGGAGUUCGCCCGCACCGUGAGGCACUUGUCACUGAGCCAGAUGACGUUCCCUCAUCGACUGGCGCGGGUGCUGUUGCUGGAGCAGAUCUUCCGUGCGCGCGAGCUGACCAUUGGCUCUGGCUACAGCCGUUGA